AUGUGGGGACACGACGAAAGUAAAAUUUCAAUUCCCGAAUUUUAUAAAAAUAAAAAUGUGUUUGUAACAGGUGCCACGGGAUUUAUAGGAAAAUUGUUAGUGGAAAAAUUGUUAAGAUCAUGUAGUGGAGUUAAAAAGAUUUAUGUCUUAAUAAGGCCUAGACAUGGGAAAAGUCCGCAAGAGAGGAUGAAAGAAGCUACUGAUGAUCCACUUUUCGAUACAAUAAGAAAAGAAAAUAGUGAAGCUCUAAAUAAAAUAAUACCUAUUAGUGGUGAUAUAGAAAAAAUAAAUUUUGGACUCAGUGAAACAGACAAAGCAACAAUCAUUGAAAACGUAACAAUAAUCUUUCACUCUGCAGCAUCUAUUCGUUUUGAUGACCCUCUAAAAAAGGCGGUUUUUGUUAACGUCAGAAGUGCCAGAGAAAUAAUGUUAUUAGCAGGACAACUCAAAAAAAUUGACGCAUUUGCAUAUGUAUCGACUGCCUAUUCUAAUUGUGACAGACUAAUUGUUGAAGAAAAGUUAUAUCCACCUAAAAUUCAUUGGAAGGAUAUAAUACGACUAGUUGAAGAAUAUGACGAAGUAACUCUACAACAUUUAGGUCAUAAGCUAAUUUAUCCGAUGCCAAAUACAUAUGUUUUUACAAAGGCUCUAGCAGAACACGCUGUGAUGGAACUCGCCAAAGAUAAAAUACCAACUGUAAUACUGCGACCGACUAUAGUAUUUUCAACGUAUUCUGACCCGAUUCCUGGAUGGUUAGACAACAUAAAUGGAACAGCUGGUGUUCUUUAUGGCGUAGGAAAAGGUGUAAUAAGAUCAUUAUGGGUAAACAUGGAAACAUUAGGUGAUCACGUUUUCGCAGAUAGUGUGGCAAAAGCUUUAAUAAUAGCAGCAUGGAGGAAAGCAUUAUCUGGCAAUACCAACGAAGUCAACGUUUAUAAUUUAGCUACGGAUAUCGGGUUACACAUGGGAGAUAUAAUGAAAUUUGGAAAGGAAUUAUUAGCGAGAAAGCCAUUGGUUUCUUAUUUGUGGCCACCACCAAAGGAAUGUUACUACAGACAUUUUUAUGUAUACUACUUCUUUUAUAUAUUAGGGCAUAUUUUGCCAGCCAUAUUCGUUGAUACUCUAUUAAUAUUAAGUAGACGAAAGCCAAUGCUAUGGAAACUGCAACGUAAAAUAUAUAUUGCUCAGAGCUUCCUGAGACCAUUCAUGAAGAAUUCAUGGACAUUUAAAAAUGAAAACUAUGAGGAAUUAAGAAAAAGUAUUUUACCGGAAGAUAGUAAUCAAUUUAGCAUAAUGUAUUUUGGUUCAAAUAAUUCUACUAAAAUCAUCAGAGAAUGCUUGGAAUUGUAUUGCGAGGGAAUAAGGACAUAUUUAGUAAAAGAUCCACCUUUUACAGAAGCAAAUGUUAAAAAACAAGAUAGGUUGCUCCUUAUAGAAAAAUUGUUUAAGAUGCUUUUAUUAGGUUUAGUUAUUUAUUAUGUGUUUUACAAAACUCGUUUAGUAUCUUCUUUAUCUGGUAAAUUUAAUACAUAUUAUGAAAGGCUAAAUAUUAUUUAA